AUGGAAGAGGAGGAGAUCGCGAAAACACCAAAGCAAAGAGCCAAGAAAGACGUAGCUCAAGGGAGGGUGAUCGAUACCUAUGCGGCACAAUGCGACAAGUGUCACAAGUGGAGGGUGAUUGAUAGCCAGGAAGAGUACGAGGAUAUCAGAAGCAGAAUGCUGGAGCAACCUUUUACCUGCGACAAGAAACAUGUCCCCUGUGAAGGCCCUCCAGAUAUUGACUACGAUUCCUCGAGAACUUGGGUCAUCGACAAGCCUGGUUUGCCUAAAACCCCCAAAGGUUUCAAGAGGAGCUUGGUUCUCAGAAAAGACUACUCGAAGAUGGAUACUUACUACAUAACUCCGUCAGGGAAAAAGCUGAGGAGUCGCAAUGAAGUUGCAUCCUUUGUUAAAGUCAAUCCGGAAUUCCAGAGUGCACCGCUUGGAGACUUCAGUUUCACUAACCCAAAGGUCAUGGAAGACACUCUUCCUCUUGAUGCUUCGCUUGCCUCUCCUGCUGCUACUACUACUUCCUCGAGGAACAGCUCUAAGCAACUCCAAGAAUAA